AUGGGUGGCUCAGAUGAGUCUUCUCGCGAGAGAGAAACACUACUUUCACAAUUCUUGUCAUACCGUGAUCAAAGGAAACAACUUUCGGAUAUCCCCCAAAUCGAUACGGCGACGAGAGCAGCAAAUGUGGCCCAGUCUUCAAGCCCCGUUAACCAUCAACUUCCACUCCCAAAACGAAGAGGCCGCCCUCCAAAACGAGCGCUCUCUGAAGUUCCAUCAAGAAACUUGGUAAUUGGACACUCUAGCACAUCGCAUACCACAGAACUGGAAUCACCACCAAGACGAAUCCAGGCUGGCCCUCAACGCCCCAGGCGAUCAAAUGCUCGCUUGAAUAAUUACUAUUCAAAGUCAAACUAUUCUGGAUACGCUCGAGAUUUAGUUGAUGAACACGAAAGGAGUGAGAAUGAUACUGAGGAUGAGGAGAAAUCAAUACUGAACGCUAAGAAAGCUACUCCCUCGUCCUUGGAUGUGUGUAUACAUCGGCCACAAAUCAGCAAGAGACCUCGCGUUAUAUAUUCCUCAAAGAACCUUCAGAUCUAUCGACAGACUUUCGCAUCUCUUGACGAAAUUGCCGACCUACCUGGCAAGUUUAGAUAUGAAACAGAGAGCAAUCCUUCGAAUUACGCUCAGAAAUACAAGCGAGAUACGUCAAACCCUAUCCUGCAUGUUGCGUUUAGCGAGGAGGAAAUCGAAGCUAUGAUUUGUCUUCUUGGCUGUGAUUCACCUGAUACGAUCUCAUCUGAAAUGAGUUUGGCCGAUCAAGUAAUCCACGUUGUUAGAUCAAUGCCAAAGUCUCGUGUUGGGGGACGAUUCAUUGCUCAAAUCAAGCGAAUGGUGAGGCUCGGGAAACUUCUUGCCAAAAAUGGCUUCGAUACUCUUGCUGCUUAUCACCAGUCGCUCGAGUCUGUGAAUCGACAAAUGAGGGGCUUAAUUGAAUCCUUGUUGAACCAGAUUUUUACUGGUGCAAGUGCAAGCUUGGAUUCUACAAAAUGUCUUACAAUGGCUUUGAGGCUUCAAAGACGCCGAAAAGCUGAUAUAUCUGCCUUCAUCAAGGAUGCAAUGCUAGGAUGUUUACCGGCAAGACCUUAUUACGUGAAGGCAACGAGCAACUCUUCCUUGGUGCAGAACCGCCACCAAGCAUGUCGAUUUUCUACUCGACUUCAAGAGAAUUCACACUCAAGCUAUAAAUUACGAAGGGGUCAUUUCUGGAAAGGUGCCUCCAACGAUGUGAUCAACCUUGCCUGGUCUCCUGAUGGCACUAAAUUCGCAGUUGGUGCUGCAGCGCAGUGUGACGAACAUAACAUGCAAUACAACCGUUGUAACAAUCUGCUACUUGGUGACGUGAUGCGUAACUCGAUUCGAGAAUUACCAGCUCAUCGGGUACCUUAUCCUGUUGCGAAUGCGCUUAAUACGCAUCUAUAUAUGAGCGUUAGUGCUGUGCACUGGUUCCAAGAUGCCUUAUAUACAGCCAGCUACGACAAGACUGUCAAAGUUUGGGAUGUCUCCUCAUAUACGAAUGCGAUUUGUACAAGAACAUUACAUCAUGAUCACAAGGUUCAAGUCAUGGCGAGGCAACAUAAUUCUAAUAUUUUAGCUACAGCAACAGAUGUCUCAGUGCAUCUAUGGCAUAUGGAUGCCUUGGGCGAAACUUCUCAAUGUCUUGAUUUCUCAAAUCAACGUUCUAUUAAACACCCUCGUAUGAUUCGGAACGUCGAUUUGUUACCUUCGAGUUUAGCAUGGGGCUCUUCACCAAGAACGAGUAAUCUGUUGGUUGCGGGUUUUUCUGGCAAAGAAAGCUGUGAAGGAGAUGCAUGCCGGGAAGGUUUAUUAGCCAUGUGGCAACUGACUGAAAGCUCUGUGGUACCUUCUCCUGUCCAGCCUAAUGCGCAAAACAUUUUUGAUGUGAAAUUUCACCCUUCAAUGCCUUGGUUCGCAACCGGUAGUUCUGUUCCCCCAACAGGGUCUGGAGCGGGUAAAGGUGUGCGAUCAUUAGUCCGUGUCUACGAACCGUCAGGCAUGAAGAGAUGUGCAGUCGAAUUUAACUGCCCGGCCCUUGAUAUCAAUGAUGUUACAUUCUGUCCAAUGGACAAAUGGCUCAUUUCCGCCAGCUGCACAGAUGGUGUCACAUAUGUGUGGGAUAGUCGAAAUCCAGAGCAAAUCUUACACAGACUAGCUCAUGGGGAAGCAUUGAAUCAGCUUGAUGAGCAGCUUACCAGAGAACAAGCAGACGUUGGAGUGCGAGUGGCCCUCUGGGGAAACAGUGUUGACAAUUUCAUGACCGGUGGAUCUGACGGCGCUCUCAAGUCAUGGAAUGUUUUGAGGGCACCAGAAAACGUCUUUAUUGAAGACAUUGCUGUAAUUGAAGAUGAAAUCAUGUCAGGAGCGUUCUCCCCGGACAAAUCAUCGUUGCUUGUUGGAGAUGCCGCAGGCGGUGUUCACAUAUUCUCCCCAGGCGCGGAUGCUGUGGAAGAGUUGAAUUACGAUUACAGUCACGAAGACAAAGAGUCGCCAGCGCUGUCUCUAGAUUCCGGAAAGUCAAUAGGACGACAGCUUUUAUCGAGCAGACAACUUAUCCAGCAUUCUACGUAUGGCGUAUGUAAAGGACCUGCUUAUAAUGGGCCGUACGCUGCAUGGGCUAGGCCGGACGGCACACCUAGAGAAUUACUACCAAUUACGCCGCUUCUACCUGAAUUUGAACAUCAGCAACUAGACGGGCCAGUCACGGCGUCUGAUUCACACGGGAUGGAUGAAUUAUCGAGAACUAUACUCGAGAUGCAGAGAACAGUGGCCCAGAUUCGCAAUAAGGUUUCUAACAAACGGAGGCGAAGUCAAGAAAGCCAGCAGAGGGCCGCUCCAAAGGUCACUAUCGACCUGUGCAGUGACGGGGAAAGGAUGGUAUCGAAACCAAUCUGGAUCGACCUGACAGCGGAUUCGGAUGAUGAUUCUGGCGACAACAACCCAUUGAACGAGGAUUCCGACUUGGAAGACUAUUGGUUUCCAGAAAGCCACGCUAUUGAUGCUAAUAUCAGAUAUUCCAGUGUAUAA